CACCGCAAAUACUGCAACAACACUACUUCACCGUUCUAAAUGACGUAUUUGAAACAGAGCAGCCAACACCGACGUAGCAACGGCAUUUUGAUGAUAGCUUCAAUUUUGGCAUUCUUCUCGUUAUUCUCAACAGCGAUGGCAGCAAACAAGGAACGUACUUUUAUUAUGGUCAAGCCCGAUGCCGUCCAACGUGGACUCGUCGGCAAGAUCAUCGAGCGUUUCGAACAGAAAGGCUUCAAAUUGGUCGCCAUGAAAUUCAUGUGGGCUUCCAAGGACUUGUUGGAGAAACACUACUCCGACUUAUCUGCUCGUCCAUUCUUCCCCGGUUUGGUUAAUUACAUGAGCUCCGGCCCAGUAGUUCCAAUGGUGUGGGAAGGUUUGAAUGUCGUCAAGACCGGUCGCCAAAUGUUGGGUGCCACCAACCCAGCUGACUCCCUGCCAGGUACAAUUCGUGGUGAUUUCUGCAUCCAAGUUGGACGCAACAUUCUCCAUGGUUCCGAUGCUGUUGAAUCGGCUAACAAGGAAAUCGCUUUGUGGUUCAAUGAGAAAGAAUUGGUCUCAUGGACUCCAGCUGCCGAGAACUGGGUCUACGAAUAAGAAGUUGAUCUUUAAAAAUUCGUCAUACUUUUGUUUCUUAGUAUUAAAAAAAAAAAAUAAUUAAACAAUCGUCAAGCAUUUCCAACUUUUUAAGUUAAAAAACGAGAAAAACACGUCAAAUAAAUAAAAAAAAAGUUAACCGAAAA